AUGGAGGGACAAGAACAAGAAGCGAACAAGAAGAUCUCCGAUGAUCUGAGAAGCACAGACCCAAUUCCAGAUGAUGCCAUCGAGGAGAUACUCAAAGCAUCGACUGUUGAAACCCUAGCGAGGUUUCGCUGCGUAUCGACGCAGUAUGCAUCCAUGAUUCGCAGCCGAGAGUUCAUGAAAUCGUACUUGGUCAAGUCGUCUACUCGUCCUCUCAGAAACCUCAUCUUCACAUUCAUGGAGAUGGAACGUUUGGGGAAUCAAUUCGUCUUCUCAGCCAGUCAACCUCAAAAUCAAGGUGAAUCAUCUUCUUCAGCAACUUACCAUAUGAGUUGCCAAUAUCGACUGCACACAACUUCUUCUCCUUCAGUUCAUGGUUUGAUUUGCCAUGGACCUCCUUCUAAGAUGGAGAUAUAUAACCCUAGCAAUAAAAAAUCCAUUACUUUGCCUAAGAUCGAUUAUGAGAGUUUCCCAUAUUACAUUUACUUGGGUUAUGAUCCCAUCGAUGGUGAUUACAAAGUGUUGUGUAUGGUGAAAGCAGGAGACUUUCGUGUUUUGACUGUGGGAAAGGAUAAAUCUUGGAGGAAGAUUGAAGAUUUUCCUCCCCACACUCAUAGUUCUCCAUAUUCUCCUGAUCUAUGUCUCAAUGGUGUUUUGUAUUAUGGAGUUCAUCAUCUCAGCACCCAUGAGAAUCAUCCCCACCCUGAUGAUAUGAUUCCUGCGAUUAUGAGUUUUGAUGUUAGGUCCGAAAAAUUUGAUCUCAUAAAGCUACCAGAGUUACCAGACAAUGUCUUGCUUCCAAUUCUGACAACCUACGAGGGAAGGUUUGCAUUCUUUUGCAAUGGAAUAUAUGGUGAUUCUAGCAUCAGACUGUGGGUUCUAGAGGAUGCUGUGAAACAUGAAUGGUCGAAGCACUUAUACGCUCCACCUCCAUUAGAUGGCCAUAAUUAUGAUGAUUUUAUUGCCUGUUGUUUUACUGAUGGAGGUGAAUUUGUUUUGGCACCCAUACUGUUUUGUAGUGAAGAACCAUUUUAUGUUGUCUAUUUUGAUAUCAAGAACAAUGCUGUGAGAAGAGUCGUCAUAGAAGGAAUAUUCACAAAACUGGAUGAGGAGACAUUGUAUAUCACACAAUCUGUCUUCCCUGGUCAGAUUGAUAAUCCCAUGUUUCUCUAA